UUUGAAACACAUCACUGUGUAAUAUAGUGUGAAUCAAAAUGAAUAUAAUAAUAUUUGGACUCCUUCUCUCAGUCCUCGUUGUGUAUGGCAGUGAGGAAAGCUGUCAGGAAUCGAGGCAACUUGAGUCAAUCUGUGGAAAUUAUUGCUUUAGAGCCAUGAAGCCUAUGUUAGAUCAUACGAAGACUUUAGAGCGACAAAUAACUGAUUUUGCUCAUGAAAAAAAAUUUUUGUUGGAGAUGGAGAAUACGAAGAAACUAUUAGAGGCCAAACUCGAUUUGCAGGAUAAUACGAUCCAACAUAAAUUUAGAGACUUGAGCACUGCAAGUGAACAAAUUUUGCAACAAAUCAAAUCACAGGGUAAACAAAUCGAGCAACAGUUGGAACAUCUUCAUAAAGCGGAGGAAGUUAAGAAGCCAAUACCUGGACCAGCUUAUCAGCAGAUUGGAUCAAAGUAUUAUUAUAUUGAAAAAUCUGAAGAGCUCAAUUGGUUUGUUGCAGUCAACAAAUGUUUUAUCAUAGGGUAG